UAUGCUGGAUUUCGAUGAGGAGCGGCCCCGGGGCGCCGGCAUCUCCGUGGCCAAGAUGAAGAUGGGGCGCCGAGCUCUGCUGGAGCCAUCUCAGGUUCAGGAUCCCUUCGGCAACAAGAAUCUUUCCUCAGCUCCGAAUGCAGAGGAGCCCCCUCCCAAGCCACCACGAAGACACGCAGGCUGGGCUGACGACUCCACGAGGCCAUCCAAGGACAAUCAGCAUCUCAAACAACAGAGCCCAGAUGGAUCCGAUGACAGAGGAGACAUCCCAGUUAUUCCAGAUCUGGAGGAAGUCCAGGAAGAAGACUUCGUUUUGCAGGUGGCAGCUCCUCCAAGCAUUCAGGUGAACCGGGUGAUGACCUACCGCGACCUGGACAAUGAUCUCAUGAAGUACUCGGCCUUUCAGACCUUGGAUGGUGAGAUCGACCUGAAGCUCCUCAGCAAAGUGCUCUCACCAGAGCAUGAAGUCCGCGAGGAUGACGUUGGCUGGGACUGGGACCAUCUAUACACCGAGGUGUCCUCUGAGCUCCUCACUGAGUGGGAGCAGCUGCAGGCGGAGAAGGAGGACCCUGCAGGAGGGUCCAGGCACACCUGACCCUGCAGCCUCUGCUCUAGGUGUGAGAACAAACACAAAAUACAAGAAGCUGAAGACUAAAGAGGCUUGCCAGUCAGUAAAGUAACUUGGAAUUUUUAUAUGGACUAUUUUGUAAGAAAGAAAUAUUUAUUUUCAGUAGAACCCCCAUUGGAUCCCUCCACAAUGAAUGGUUUAUUCUGU